AUGAUCAUUGCCCGCGACAUAAACGCCUGCGAACAGGCAAUCCUGGAAAACCAGUACCAUGACGGGGUGGACCUGGAGGAAGAGUUCGCUCAUCUCGUGUUCGUCCCGCAGAACACCCUGCAGCGAGAAAGAGAAACUCCGGCACAACGGCUUCUCCGUGAGGCUGCUGGGAUGAUCAGCGAUGGCGAGCGUGUGUUGGUCUACCUGCUGCGUCUACUCCGCCCCCGAUUUCUGCGUCGUGCCCUAGAUUGGAAAGCCUCAGUUCGAGAUUUCGUGUUGGAUCUCAUCCUGAACGACCGCGUCUUAACAGAACUCACCACUGCGAUGGGAAUCGCUGACGAGUUCUGGGUAGUUGUGGUUCAAGUUCUCGAGUCGGGCGGCCUUCCCGGACAGCGCUGGGUCGUCGGGCACAAACCCUUCGAUGGCUCGUCAGGGCAGCCGAGCAGGAAGCUCCUCAAGCAGAGGAAGGUGGAGAACAGGCAGCGGCUGCAGGUGGGUGACCUGCGGCUGGUCCGCAGCGCUUGCUCCCCCAAGGUCCUCGUGCCACUGGCAAAGUGCUCAGAACUAGGCUCUAGCCUCAAAGCCGAAGGCAUGGAAGUCUCUGAGCUUCUGUGGUUCUUCGGCGGUACCGAGCUUUGCCUGUGCUACUACAACGCAACGCGCUGCUUUGGCUCCCUGUGGCUCGAUGGCCCAGGUUGGAACAGGCCUGGUCAGGGAGACAUCUUUGCGCCGGCGCGCAACCUGGUAGGUUCCGACGAGUCCAAGUGCCGGGAGGGGCUCCGAGUGACUUUCGAGUCAGAGAUCGAGGCUCGGACGAACAAGCCGAAGGCAACUACCUGGAGCAUUUUGGAGGGUGUGAUAGCAGCCGCGUUGCCUGCUGCACCAGGGGGCCUGGCUGGCUUGGCAGGUGGCUAUGGUGCCAUUCCAAACGGGUAUGUGGACUUGCAGCGCUACUCUCCUUACGGUGUUGCUGGUCUGCAGACCGCAGCGAUGCCAGCAGGGUACGGUGCUGUUCAAGGAGCAAUGCCCGGCAUGGCCAUGGGCGGCGUGGCGCUGUCAGGAGGGAUGCCAGGUGCCCUUCAGGGGGCAUUGCCAGCAGGCUACGCUGUCCUGCCCGGCACUGCCGGUGUACAGUUGUCAGCGCCCACAGCAGUGCCUGCCUUGCCUCCGGGCUGGGAGCAAGCAGUAGACCCGGCAAGUGGCAAGGUGUACUAUGCCAACAGAUCGACGGGCGAGACGAGCUGGAUACCUCCUGCCGCCGCUCCGACCCAGCUGCCCCCGAUGCUGGUGGCACAGACUGCGCCGGCAGCGGCUUUGGCCACGGCGCCAGCGCAAACACAGACUGCACCCGCCGCUGCUGCGGCGGAAGCGACUGCACCAGCGUCCGAGCCGGCGACAGCGCCUGCCGAAGCGGCUCCUGCGGAGGCGCAGGCGGAUGGCACGACUGCUCCUGCAGAAGCCAGCCAAGCUCAACCAGCAGAGGCACAGCCCGCGCUUCCUGCUGGAUGGGAGCAGGGCGUGGAUGCGACGAGUGGCAAGACGUACUACUACAAUCGGGCGACCAACCAAUCGAGCUGGACGAUUCCCACAGCUUAG